UAAAGUAGAAAACCAACUGCAAUAUUUUCAAGCUUUCGAUGCCGUUCAAGCUCGAAAUGUGAUACCAAUGAAAUUUUAGCCAAAAUGUAUUGUCAUAAUGGCUGAUGAAGACUCGUUAAGUAGCAAAAUUGGAUCAAGUUUAUACUAGCACUCUAAGGAAUACCAGAAAAUGGCCGAGAUCAAAGAGGAAAAGAAAACAGCGGUGGUGGAUGAUAAAAGAUACGCCAUCAUUACAAGAGAGAGCAUCAAGAUGAUGGCCGAAUCAGUUGGGAUCAGUGAGUUGUGUGAUGAAGCAGCUGCCAUGCUCUGUGAAGAUGUCUCGUACAGGCUGAAGGAAGCCACACAGAAUUCAAUCCAGUACAUGAAACAUGCAAAGAGGAAACGAAUGACGACAGAGGACUUCAAUAAAACUUUAAAAAGGAGCAGUGUACAGCCAGUAAGUGGACACAGAUGCCAAGAUGGAGUGAACUUUAGACAGCUAAAGGAAGCAGAGAUUUUUUUCACGGAUGACGAAGAUGUAGAGUUGUGUGAUGUUGGUCUCGAAGACUGUACACCAUGCGAACAAGGGGAGACCUCUAUAAAAGCUCAAUGGUUAGCUGUAGAAGGCAUAUCAAAAACUUCAUCUCUGUCUCAAGGAAAACCAAUAAAACAAGAAAAUAAUGACAUCUUGCAGAAAUAUUAUGACAGCAUUACCAAAGCUGUUUUGGGGAAUGAUCUCAAAUUAAUGAAGGCAGCUCUCCAGGAUCUACGCACCAACCCAAACAUUUCCUCCUUGCUUCCUUGCUUUGUCAACUUCGUCUCUAAUGGGGUGAAGACAGUGAGUCACGACGUCUCCCAGAUGACUAGGUUGCUGUACACAGUGAAGGCUCUGAUCAGUAACACCAGUCUGUUCCUGGAGCCCCAGUCUUAUUUAAAUCCCUUGGUUCAAGGAGUCAGUUAUUGCCUUUUAGAGUCAUUAGCAGCGUCCAUUAACCCAUCCAAUGACCACUGGAUGCUGCGUGAUUAUGCUGCUCGAGUAUUGGCCCAGAUUGUUCAUACAUGGUCUAGUCCCAUCAACCACUUGAUGCACACCACCAUCAGAAGUCUGAAGGAAGUCCUCUGUGAUCACACUAAGCCCUUCUGCUGUCACUAUGGGGCUGUCAUGGGAAUUAAGGCUUUAGGACCACAGGUGAUAGAUGAUGUCCUCGUUCCACAGCUACCUGUAUAUUGGCCUCACCUGUCCUCAGUCCUCGAGGACAAUUCUUUCUCUAAUGCCCUCACGAAGGCUGAUGCAUUCAAAGUUUAUGGAGCUUUACUGGCAAGUGUUGAAUUGCUCAUUUGUACUCAAAUGAAGCAAUAUGAAGACCUGCUGAAACAAAAAUAUGAAGAAAUGGAAUUUUCUGAACUUUUGAAUGAGGAAGCAUCUGCUAAGAUGAAGGAUUGUUUACCAGACAUACAGCAUUCCAUUUCAAAGCUAUACACUGAUAUGUAUGGAUAUUUUGGGGACAGAAUGACAAAAUGUUUACAAGACUUCAAUGAAAAAUUUAAUUUAAAACAGAAAGUGUUCACUCCAAAGUUCAAAGAAAAGCUUAUUUCUCUAUCUGAUGCAGAUGCAUCUAAAAGUGGAGAUGAGCUAUUGAAAGAGUUUAUGGAACAAGUGAAAUUGCAGCAACAGUUGGAUAAGGAAAAGGCCGAAAAAGAACGCAUCCAAAGACUGAUCAAUGAGGAAAAACGAGAAAGAGAUAGAAAGCAUUUCGAAGAGCACCAGCGAUUAAUGGAGGCAGGCAAGAAAAGACUAGAAGAAAUAAGACUUGCUGAAAUUGAAAGAGAGCGUGAAGAAAUGGAAAGACUGAACCAUGAAACAAGACGAAACAAGAAAGUUGCUGAGGAGAGAAUCUCAAAGAUGCUAAAAGAAGACAGUGAUGAUGAUUUUGGCGAAGAUGCAGUCAUUCCCUAUAGACGUGUCAGAAAGAGGACUAAAAGCCAAGUGCAGUAUUUCCCAACAGAAUCUCCAGAGAGCAACGAUGAUGAUCCUUCAUAUUCCUUACCUGGGACAUCAAAAGGCAUCGAUCAAAAGAAAGGGAUUAAACUUAAAAUCAUAACUCGCCCAGGCAAACUGCCAAAUGUUAAGAUCGAGGCUCAAGCGAAGGAAAUGAAAAAGUCUUCACCUCAUAGCUAUCCCACCAAAGUAUCCCCACAUCACAAGGAGCAGAAGUACUCCCCAAAGUUGUCUCCCCAUGUUCACAGAGAGGCAAAAAAUUCUCCCCACUCAUCAAAGGACAAGUCAUCCCCUCACACUCACAAGGACUCGCCUCUUUAUUACGCUCAUAAAGACUCGCCAGCUCCUGAACUUAAGUACUCGCAUCACUCGAGUUUGCCUCAAGACCCAAGUGAAACGAAACAUGGCAAAAAAAGAAAAGCCAGUCAAAAACGCAAAGAUGAGUUUGAGUUUGAAUCUGAUCCUGAGGAUUUUCCCCCUAUGUCUUUUAAACCUAGUUACAAUUCAUCUGAAGGUGAAAGUUCAGAAGGGGCAGAGCUAAGGAAACCUAUCAAAAUGAAACUGAAAGUAAAAGACUCCAAAGAAUUGCCAUCUGAUUGAGCACAACAUAAUGAUGUGCAAUUGGUGUAUAUAUACAUAUUUUUCUAUGAUGGAAUAAAACACUAAAUGUCAA